AAUGGCUUUUAUAUAUUUCUUUUAGAGAAACGGCUUCAAUGCAGGAGGACACAUACUAACACUUUACCUACAAAAAACCCUGUGGUUCGCUCCAAAAGCUACAACAUACCUAUGCUGACACCUGUGGCCGAAUACGACUCAGAAAGCAUCACGGUGGGCAACGUGUGCGUCCGACGGCAGUCCGUUUGUCAAAUGACUUCCUGUCUGGAGGAAACUGCCUUCACUGAGGUCUCUCCCAUGUCAUCCUUUCCCUCCCAUGCCGAGGAUUCUGAAGAUGUGGGGCAUCACACUUCUGCCUCUUCUUCACCCAUAUUCUCAGAACUCUGCUGCAACAGUGUCCAGGAACCAGGAGUUCACCAGGACAUCCCUGUUCCCAGGAUUUUAUCCAGUCCAGAGACUGUUGUGGAUCAGAUUCUGGAGUCGUUGGACUCUGACAAUGAGGGAAUAUUCAUCGACUUCCGCCGACAGUGUUCAAGCUCAUCCAAGUUCAGUCACAUAAGUGAGAGUGUGGAGUAACUGUUGAGUUCAACAAACCAAUUUAAUAUCUCCACUUCAUCAGACAAUUAUUUUUUAAAGUUUGUCAAAUUUGCAGAAUUUUUUCUUGGACCCUGGGUGUGUUUAGAAAAGCACAUUGGCCAGCUUAGUAUGCAGUAUGCAUACAGCUCACACAAGUUUGUAGGCAUGCAGUAAUUAUCUUUUUUAAAGAAAACAACUAUAUGUAACAACUUGUAUAUAAUACAUAAUGUUUAUGCAGUAUUGUAAAAAAACGUUUUUACUUUGCAGUGUGGUGCUUUUUUCUGGACACAGCCCUAAUAAUUAAUUAAUAGUAAUUAUUCUUGUCUUUUUAGAAAUAGAUUCUCAUGAAAUGAGGUACAAACUCCAUGAUUUGAUCUAACUGUGACAGCCACUGUAGAAUUAGAAAUAUUACUUUGACAAGAUAGUCUUUUUUAAAACAUUCAUUAAAAAAAAUCCUCCAAUGAUUUUAUAGGCCAAAUCAAGGUUGUCCUUGGUAAUGUUUUCAUUCUUUUUUGUUUCAGUUUAGGUUUCAGUUGUGUUGUGGUGGCUGAAUUAAAGCUCACUGAAAUCAACCCAUCAAAUCAGAUCUUCGUACGUGGAUUACUCAGUUAGCUGGAUUUGAUUGUUGAUGAUUUGGCUUGAUCUUGGAUUAUUUAGUUCUUAAAAGCUCAUCAUAGAGUUGCUGUCAUAGCAACCGGUCCGUAAGAUUAAACCUGCUCGGGAGCAGGCUUAUUUCAUGUAAACAAGAUUAGUUUGUACCUUUUUAAGUGGAUGUGAUACGGAAAGUCUGAAGCAGUCGUGUAUUCUCCAUUAUAUGAGCACAAUCUGCGUAAGAUGCACGAUGAAAAGCUUUUCAAAUUCAACACGUAAUACAAAAGAAUAGAUAAAAAUCUUUUAGCAAUGUUAUUUAAAAAUAUAUAAUAUAACAAAUAUAUUUUUUCUGUACUUGUGCCACUUGUUUUUGUGUAACAGAUGUUUUGAUUAUUAUUCUUAAACGAAUGACAAGGCAAACCUGCUGAUCACAUUCAGUUUAAAUGUAUUUUCAUUAUCCUUAAUAAAAACAGCAAUCAAUCAUCUUUACCCAGCAGUAAUAGAUGUUAUGUACAAUAAAGAAUAUUACUCGGUGUGAAAUAAAUUUCCUUUGAAUAAACUCAUCUCCGAUUUUAGUUUUGUCUUUAGAUUGUCAAGUAGAAUCAUGCAUGAAAGGGUUUUCGUUUAGUAAUUUCUAUCUGUUUUAAAACUUUGUCUACAAAGAUGUUACUCUGUCCCUUUCCUGUAACAAAAAUGCCAAUAACCAAAUAAGUUUUUUGCACAUAUUUUCACAUAUCUUUAUCUUCUUUACUACACUUUUCGGUGCAGACUCAGCAGAGGCAGGACUUCCAGUUAAUGUGGACUAUUGCUAAUAUUGUUGUAGUCAGUUAUCAGUUAUAUAAGAAUAAUGCAAUUGAAGUAAGCUUAUUUAACCACUUGCAUAUAGUUUCUAAAGGGCUGUCAUCUGAGAGGAUUUCUUUACUGUCAUGAAAUUUAAUUUGAUGAAUUAUAAACAUAUUAGAAACUCAUUAACAACUGAGGCUUCCAAUAUUUAUUUUAAUGCCAUGAUUGUUCCGCAUCUUCUAUAUUGUAUGCCCAGUUGGUCUCAGGCAUGUAAAACAUCGUUAAAACUAUUAGAAUCAUUAUAUAAAAGGGCAAUAAAAAUUCAUGAUAAAAAGCCUCGUCAGUACCAUCAUUGUAAAGUACUAAGUAAAUACAACAUUUUGAGUUUUGAAAACCUUAUUAAAUAUAACCAAAUUUCUGUUCUAUAUAAAAUUAUCCAUAACAUCGCUGCUCCUCCUCUGAGAAAAUUUGUCACAUUAAAUUCAGAUAGACUUAAUAGAGUCACACGAUCGACAGCUAGAGGAGAGUGCAGUGUUCCAAGAUGCAGAACCACUUAUGGUCAACAUUCGUUCUUUUAUAAAGCAGUAAGUCUUUGGAACACUCUUCCAAAUGAAAUUAUUUUAUGUACAAACUAUAGUACUUUUACACGCCUGACCAAACAGUGGCUAUUAACAAAGCAAAUUUGUAAGCACUGAAUGAUUGUGAUAAGAAUAAUGUAGACUAUGAGUGAGUGAGUGAGUGAGGGUUGGAUCCAAGUAGAGUGUUUUUAUGAAGUGAGUG